CCGCAGCGGUGUGUGUGUGUGUGUCGUCCCCGCCCGCCUGUCGCCCGACGCCCCGCCGUCCCGCCGACACUUCAGGCUGACAGGAGGAGGCGAAGGCUCAAGUCUGUUACGAGGGGAUCCACAUCAGCUUUUCAGCCGAGGAAGAGUCAUUAGGAAGAACAGAGGUGUCCCUAUCCCAGGGAAAAAGGAAGGGUGUGCUAAGGAAUUGGAACCAUGACGGACUCCAAGUAUUUCACAACCAAUAAAAAAGGAGAGAUCUUUGAACUGAAGGCUGAACUCAACAAUGAGAAGAAAGAGAAGAGGAAAGAAGCGGUGAAGAAGGUUAUUGCUGCCAUGACUGUGGGGAAGGAUGUCAGCUCACUGUUUCCAGACGUGGUGAACUGCAUGCAGACCGACAACCUGGAGCUGAAGAAGCUGGUGUACCUGUACCUAAUGAACUAUGCCAAGAGUCAACCGGAUAUGGCCAUUAUGGCUGUCAACAGCUUUGUGAAGGACUGUGAAGAUCCCAAUCCGCUGAUCCGUGCUCUGGCAGUCCGUACUAUGGGAUGCAUCCGUGUGGAUAAGAUCACUGAGUAUUUGUGCGAGCCGCUCCGGAAGUGUCUGAAGGAUGAAGACCCUUAUGUGCGGAAGACGGCAGCCGUCUGCGUGGCGAAGCUGCAUGACAUCAAUGCCCAAAUGGUGGAGGAUCAGGGAUUCCUGGAUUCUCUACGUGACCUGAUUGCAGACUCCAAUCCAAUGGUGGUGGCUAACGCGGUGGCUGCCUUGUCGGAGAUCAGCGAGUCGCAUCCCAACAGUAACUUGCUGGAUCUAAACCCUCAGAACAUUAACAAGCUGCUGACGGCCCUGAAUGAAUGCACCGAAUGGGGCCAGAUCUUCAUUCUGGACUGUCUGUCUAACUACAACCCCAAGGAUGACCGCGAGGCUCAGAGCAUCUGUGAGCGGGUGACUCCCCGGCUGUCUCAUGCCAACUCGGCCGUGGUGCUUUCUGCCGUGAAAGUCUUGAUGAAGUUCCUGGAGCUCUUACCCAAGGAGUCUGACUAUUACAACAUGCUGCUGAAGAAACUGGCCCCUCCGCUUGUCACGCUGCUGUCCGGAGAGCCUGAAGUUCAGUAUGUUGCCCUGAGAAACAUCAACUUAAUUGUGCAGAAAAGGCCUGAAAUCUUGAAGCAAGAAAUCAAGGUAUUCUUUGUGAAGUACAACGACCCCAUCUAUGUCAAACUGGAGAAGCUGGACAUCAUGAUCCGCCUGGCAUCCCAGGCAAACAUUGCCCAGGUCCUGGCAGAACUCAAGGAGUACGCUACCGAGGUGGAUGUCGACUUUGUCCGCAAGGCUGUGCGAGCUAUUGGACGAUGUGCUAUCAAGGUCGAGCAAUCCGCAGAGCGCUGCGUGAGCACGCUGCUGGACCUCAUCCAAACCAAGGUCAACUACGUUGUCCAAGAGGCCAUUGUUGUCAUCAGGGACAUCUUCCGCAAGUAUCCCAACAAGUACGAGAGCAUCAUUGCCACAUUAUGCGAGAACCUCGACUCCCUGGAUGAGCCAGAUGCUAGAGCUGCCAUGAUCUGGAUAGUGGGCGAAUACGCAGAGAGAAUUGACAACGCGGAUGAGCUGCUGGAGAGCUUUUUGGAGGGCUUCCAUGAUGAAAGCACCCAGGUGCAGCUCACCCUGCUGACUGCUAUCGUGAAGUUGUUCUUAAAGAAGCCCUCAGAAACGCAGGAGCUGGUUCAGCAGGUCCUGAGCCUGGCCACGCAGGAUUCGGACAACCCGGACCUGCGGGAUCGUGGCUAUAUCUACUGGCGCCUUCUCUCCACGGAUCCCGUGACUGCCAAAGAAGUGGUCUUAUCGGAAAAACCUCUGAUUUCUGAGGAGACUGACCUGAUCGAGCCGACUCUGCUGGACGAGCUGAUCUGCCACAUCGGGUCACUGGCUUCCGUGUACCACAAACCGCCCAACGCUUUUGUUGAGGGCAGCCAUGGAAUCCACCGCAAGCACUUGCCGAUUCACCAUGGAAGCACUGAUGCGGGAGACAGCCCGGUGGGAACCACUACCACUACAAACUUGGAGCAGCCUCAGGUUAUUCCAUCGCAGGGUGACCUUCUGGGUGACCUUUUGAACCUUGACCUGGGCCCCCCAGUGAAUGUACCCCAAGUAUCCUCCAUGCAGAUGGGUGCUGUGGAUCUCCUGGGAGGCGGGCUGGACAGCUUGAUGUGGACUCAGUCCCAGUGGGAAGAUGGAUUGAAACAUGUUUAUCUGAAACAUUACAAGCUUGGCAGUGACCUUGGCGGGGGCAUUGGAGGAAGUCCGGCAGUGGGACAGACCUUCAUUCCAUCCUCUGUGCCUGCGACUUUUGCCCCUUCACCCACCCCCGCUGUGGUUAGCAGUGGACUCAACGACCUGUUCGAACUCUCUACUGGUAUCGGCAUGGUGCCUGGGGGAUACGUGGCUCCGAAAUCUGUUUGGCUGCCGGCAGUGAAGGCUAAAGGCCUGGAGAUCUCUGGGACAUUCACUCACAGGCAGGGACACAUCUACAUGGAAAUGAACUUCACCAAUAAGGCUUUGCAGCACAUGACUGAUUUUGCGAUUCAGUUUAAUAAGAACAGCUUCGGCGUCAUCCCCAGCACUCCGCUGGCCAUUCAUACUCCGCUGAUGCCAAACCAAAGUAUCGACGUCUCCCUUCCCCUCAACACCUUGGGACCGGUCAUGAAAAUGGAGCCUCUCAACAACCUCCAGGUGGCUGUGAAAAACAGCAUCGACGUCUUCUACUUCAGCUGCCUUAUUCCUCUCAAUGUGCUUUUUGUGGAGGACGGCAAAAUGGAACGCCAGGUCUUCCUUGCCACGUGGAAGGAUAUUCCAAAUGAAAACGAGCUUCAGUUCCAGAUUAAAGAGUGUCACUUGAAUGCUGACACUGUUUCCAGUAAGCUGCAGAACAACAAUGUUUACACCAUUGCCAAGAGGAAUGUGGAAGGCCAGGACAUGCUCUACCAGUCUCUGAAGCUCACCAACGGCAUCUGGAUCUUGGCUGAGCUACGUAUCCAGCCUGGGAACCCGAAUUACACACUGUCCCUGAAGUGCCGGGCUCCUGAAGUGUCCCAGUACAUCUACCAGGUCUACGACGGCAUUUUGAAAAACUAACAGCAUGGGUCCAUGUCUCACUCCGCAGAGGGAGGAAGGGAGACUCCGGAUCCUCCCGUUAUCGGUGCAGGCAAAGAACUCUAACUGGAAGCAGCUGUAUUCAUGUGUAGGAUUUCAGACAAACGCACCGAGAAACCAAGGUAGCGAUUAGUAUCCACGUGCUAAUAAUAAUAUAGGGAACAACUGUUUGAUAUUUUUAGCGUCCAUGGAAACUUUGUAACCACUGCUUCAACCACUCCCGUGUCCCCCCCGGCGCCACUGUUCUGUCGUUCUUUCUUGUGGGCUUUUCCAUCUCGUGCCAAUGUUUUAGCGUUUUCUAAACCGCGUUAGGCGUAGUUGAUAUUUUGUAAUAUAUGGCUCGUUUAAAACCCGAAAAAGACAAGUCUCUUGUUCAUUAAAACAAGGCAAAGGCAUCAUAGAAACACAAACUGCACUUUAUUAUUUUAUAUUUUUUAUACGUUUGGGGUUUUUUUUGUAUUGUAACCAGAUGAAAAAAGGGGAAAAAAAAAAAACCAACAGAUCUGGAGUAGCGAAAACAUCCACGGGAACGCAGGUGAGCUAGAACUAGCGUAGCCUUGAGGAGCCAGUGACGUGUGGAGAGAGCCAGUUCAGACCCAAGAUGCAUCUACUUGGGUUGGAUGGGGCUUUGGGUCGUACUUGUGUGUCGUACCUGAUGCUCAUCCCAGAAAUCUCUGCCCCAGCUAUCUUGCCUGGUUGCGGUCCUGGGCUUUGGAAGUGGGUCUUCAUUGCAUGGGGAAGUAGGAGCUGGCAGGGUCUGGUUUGAUAAUGGGGCAGCAGAUGGCAAAAUGAGGAAGGAAACAGCAGGUCUGACUCCCAGAAUGCAAGGCUCUUGGCAGAGCAUGGGGUGCAGUCGUUGCCUUUUUUCCCCUUUCCCGCUCAUUCCCUGUGUCUUCCUGCGACAGCCUGUCUGCCUUCCUCCCGCUGGGCCAGCUUCAGCUUGCUGAGUUGGGUUAUGCCUAGCUCCGCCUGCUGUCCAGGCUGAAGGACCUGUGCGGGAAAUCUGAAUCCCGGCAGAGGAUGUUCACAGCCACUUUGCCUACGGUUCUCUUGGGAGCAUCCUCGAGCGCUUGCCUGCUGAGGUGUGAGUGCGAAAGCUGGGGGACACGGCAGCAUCUGGCUAUGCACUUUGGGUUAAAUUCGCUGGAGGAGUCCAAGCCCCUCCUCGCCCCCCUUACACCUGGGGUCACUGGCACUGACGGGCAAAUUGCCCUGGGCUUUGGAAAGCCUUUUCUCCCGGAGCCCUGGAAAGCUUGCCGUCAACAGUUGCUGAGGAGAAAGCACCCAUUAUACAGGGGUGCAAAGGAGAGUCGCCGAGAAGCUGAUUGGGAGUCGCAGCUCACCUCCCCCCUCACUUGUGACACCCAAAAUAUUUAGUGAUGGGGGAGAGUCUUGAGUGCAAUCUCCUGCCCUGUAAACCCUCAGCUCCGGAUGACCCUACUGCUGCAGGGGCAGUGGGGGCUGUAGGUGAGGUGAUCUCACAGGCUCGUUCCCUCCAUCCCCAGUCGCCAGAGCUGGGCUUUCUGUGCCAAAGGCAAUAGACUCUGGGUCAUUAGGGUUCCUAGUGUCUGAAACUCACUGGCUCCCUUACUCCUCUCUGCUGCAGCUCCUGUUUGGGCUUCCUGCCAGCCAGGGAGUUUCCCUGUCACAGGCAAGGCGCUGGAAUAGACCCCAUGAAAGGUGAAACAAAAGCGGGGAUAGUAGCUGGCUUGGCUCUAUCCAUCUGUCCAUCUACAUAGCUGAAUGUCUACCCAGCCCCAGAACAGCUUCUGCAGUCCCCACUGCUCUCAGCUGAUGCUUGGCAUGGCACUUCCCCCAGGAGUGAAGCGACUCCCUUAACAUGACCACAUACAACCCUCAGAGCCUGUGCUCUUGAACCCCGAGACCGGGCGGGGAUCACCUGUGAGGUGCAUGUGAAUCUGGGGCUACAGAACGGGACUGUAACGGUGGCCCUGGAGAAUAAGGGGGAAGGGAAGGGGCCAGCGAGGGUAGGCCAGGUCACGGGCGGGAUGAAAUGUGGUUCCGUGGCAGGGAGACUCAGCUUGAAGCCAGUUCUCAGCCAGGGAAGCGAGUGAAGAUUGGGAGCAACUGCAUCCUUCGCUUGUAUGAGCUGAGCUGCGUCCUCGGUGCAGAGAUCGCUUGGCAGCAUGAAUCCUGGCUGGGCAGAAGGCGGGACGGAGUUGUAGAAACCAGGCACUUGAUCAUGCACCAGCUUGGCUGUUUGAUUAGUUGUCUGAAGCCCUGAGGAUAGCUGGGCUGCGAGCACUGCGGAAAUAAUUAUUACAGUAAUUGAUAAAGUGCUGGGUGCGCCGAGGCACGUGCCUCUUUCGAGCCGCCCCUCGGCGCCAAGCUGUGAAGCAGCACCUGGCCUCUCGUAAGUUUCCACCGUGGAGUUCAGCUGUGUGCAUGGGAGGGGACGGGCAGAGGGGGCGUGAGGGGGCAGCAGGGGAAAGCCCUGUUCUCUCUCUGCCAAGGGACGGCAGAUUCUGCACAGCGCCCCGUAUUCCCCUGGCUGUGGUGCUGGCUAAUGGAGAUUGCCGCUCGGGGAACCUGCACCGGAUUAGGUCACUGACCUGGGAGAAGCGGUGGAGGAUCCCUGGGAAUAACGGCACGAGUCUUGCUCAGUUAAACCCUCUGUAAAGCCUGAACACGGGAAAGCAUUAAACAAAACCCUGAGCAAAGCCCUCGCCUGCCCGGAACUCCUUCCCCCCGCGGUGUCUGUGUGUCUCUUCUGGGCCUGUGCUGUGUGUGUGUCUGCAUGCCGUGAAGCGUGGGCUGUGGGAAGGGGAGCCGGAGGGCAGGCAAGGAGAAUUGCUCAGCGUCGACGCCAUUCCAUUGUACUGCAUAUCCACUCUGAUGUGUUCACUUGUUGGUAAAGCUUUUACCUUCUGUCCUUGUCAAUAAACUUGUCAUUUACAUGAA